CAAAUAUCUCAGCUUCCUCGAAAUCCAUAUUGCAACUACUACGGCCCUGCAGUAGUAAUUUAAAGAUGAGCACAAGUAUCGUCGACGUAUCCAGCAAACUUGGAGAAUACAUGAUAAAAGGCUGGGUGUUAACAGACACAACAUGCCCGUCCCCGGCAUGUUACGGCGUUCCUCUCAUGAGGUCACCUAACAAUGGAUCACCGGUAACUCACCUUUGCGUGAAUUGCAAUGGUCCUCAACAAUCUACAUCUAAUUCUUCAUCAACAAAUUCAUCGUCAACUCAUGAAUAUAAUUCGCGACCAUCAACUCCUCCUACAGAGCUAUCUAGCGCUUUGAGCUCCCCAACGUUUGCCCCUCCCAUUGACACCGAAGAGAUAAUCCGCAGGCGGCAACAAUCAGACCAAGCAUCUGCAGAGAUUGGAAAGCGUCUUUUGAAGGGAUGGGCGAUGCUUGGUGAAGAAUGUCCGAACAUAAGGUGUUAUGGCGUACCUCUUGUAAGACCUCCAAAAGGCGGAGAGGAGAGAGAUCCUCGCAAGGAAUGCGUUGUUUGUGGGACGGUCUACGUUACUGAUGUCUCUGAAGGGUGGCAGCGCCUUGUCCCAGCUCCACCUGCAAUUGGAACAGGAUCCAACUCGGGAACUGGAAACUCUAUGUCAAGUGCUCCGAUGACAUUGGGCUCUCGUGACAAAGGAAAAGCAGUGAUGCGCAAUAUACCUUCACAGUCUUCGCCAUUACUUCCUGCGUCAGAGUCGUCAAAGUUGACGAUCAAUAUUCCGAAACCUACACGAGACUUGGCUAAUAAUAGCGAACGUCUGCAUGCAAGUGCCAAUGCGUAUUCCCCUGCUCAGGCGCUCAAGCUGUCUUUGGAUGCUAUGUCACAAAGACUUGCGCAGAUCUGCGAAACCGCAAAUCAAAUGGACGUGGCAUCUAUUGCAUCAGCUGCAGAUGCCAUCAACAAGGUUGCACAGGCUUUGUCCCAAGUAAGGCAGCUAGGAGAACAGGAUUAAAUUUAUCUGGUCGCCCCUGUCUGAUGGUAGAUCUGUUUCACCUAUUACUGUGACUUUUGUCGUUCCCACCACAAUACUAUUUAGUGGAAAUGAUAAUCUUUAUUUUCCUCCAGACGAUAUGUUAGUUCG